AUGGCACUUGCUCUGAACAUCUUUGAGUCUGUCAUUGGGCAUGGACCGACAAACCAAUUCUUGAUCUCGUAUCUGGCUUGGAUCAUCAAAGAGUAUCUGGGCGAAAUCUUGCCGCCCAAGGUGCUUGAAAUCGAGCGGCGGGUGGGAGGACAGGCCAAGCUACAGAAGCUUGUCAAGGAGCGUGCCAACCAAGAAUGGAAGGCCAGUCAUACAAACGCUUGUGUCACUUGUUUCAUUCCUGUCAAGAAAAUCGACAGCUGUAGUUGA